AUGCAGCUCUUCCUACAGUGCGAUAGGGCAGACAGUCUCUCCCUGUUUGACCUCACUUCUGGUGCCUCUACUGCCCCUGCUGCUGAUGCUGAUGCCACUGUUCGCUCACAGUGGGCCACGCGCGAUGCUGCUGCCCGCCUUGCUGUGCGCCGCCACUUACCGACCGCUGAGCGUGCGCAUUUUAGUCAGUACAAGAGUGCUGAGACCUUUCGGUCGGUGCGGCGUCUGCCCCUAGCGGGAGACGCGACUCAGGCAAGGGCUAGGGGGGCAAGGGCGCUAGAGGAGCUGGCGGGGGCGGUGGAGGUGGCGGUGGAGGCGGCGGAGGGGGUGGGGGUGGCGGUGGGAGUGGUGGCGGGGGUGGGGGUGCUAGUGGCGGCAGUGGAGGCGGAGGAGGAGGCGGUGGUGGCGGUGCGGGCGGAGGUGGCGGAGGUGGAGGCAGUGGUGGAGGUAGCGGCGGUGAAGGUGGAGCUGGUCGGGGCGGCUCUACGCAGAGGGUCGGCCCCGGUGGUGCGAGGUGGGGGUGCUGGCCCCUGUACCUACGUCCUCCGUACCAGCGACCGCGCGGGUGAGCAGUGUGGGGGUCCGCACUCCACCCAGCGCUGCUUUGGCCGUCUGACGGACGCUUGGCGUCACCAGUUCCCCGACGCUACUGAGAUCCCUCGCUGGGGCGAGCUGUUUAGGGCGGGUGUUGCGAUCUUUGAUCUUGAUUAUGAUGCUAUUCUUGCUGCCAUGUAUGCUGUGACCAUUAGUGAUGAGGGUGACUGUUACCGGUGUUUUCCGCCUGACGCGGGCAUUGAGGCUGCUGCUCUAGGUGCUGGUGAGGCUGCUGCUCUAGAGGCCAGUGAGUCUGCUGCCCCAGGUGCUGGUGAGUCUGCGCUCUCAGGUUCCGCGUCGGCUCCGGCCACCCACACCUUCACCCUUGACUCGGGUGCUUCCCGCUCCUUCUUUCGAGACCGCACCACACUCACGGCGCUUAGUCGGCCAGUGGUAGUCUCCCUGGCAGACCCCACUGGGGGUCCUGUCCUUGCCCAGUUCUCCACUGUCCUACCGUGUCCGGCGGCCCCUUCUGGCACCCUGUCAGGUCUUUACCUCCCCUCGUUCUCUACGAACUUGGUGAGUGGUGCUGACCUCCAGGAUGCAGGGGUUCACCAGUUCACUCCUACGAGUCAGCGAGCGACCCACUGUACCUGUGCUCGGACGGGCCGUCACUUGGCCACGUAG